AGGUCUCCCAUCUUCCCCCAUCCUACUAUAUGGCGCAUAUAUCCUAUUUUGGAAUAAAAUAGAAUGCGUUUUCGCUAAAUGAAUAAGAACGAUGUGAACUGGAAAACAAUUUUAGGCUCAUGGAGGAAAGUUAAGAGUUUCACCGUUAAGGUUCAAAACUCGAUAACUCAAAGUAUGAAAAAGUGUUUAAAUGGUCAAAGACAUUUUCCUUGCAAGUUUUGGUCUUUUGGGAGUAGGUACCGAUGUAAAACGUUCAAUUGGAAACCUAAUAAGAAAAGGUGUCAUGCAACCUAAUUGUCAAAGAGUUUUUAAAUAACUCUAACUUAAAUACAUAAUAUAUUUCUUAGCAAAAUCAAUAUACAAAAUAGCUACUGCUGUCCGAUUGCAAUAAGGCUUAUCCGCAUCGACCGUUGACAUAUAGGAUAGGAAAGAACGGCCUUAGACUGCAUUGCCACAGCUAGGACUGGAGGGAUAGCAGUUAAUAUAUCGAUUACAAGUCGCAAGUCAAGCGCAUAGAAGCGCCAAGCACGUGUUAUUUGUCAAUUUUACGUCACACGGAUUUCUGCGACUGUGACUUUCUAUUUAGUGAGCGAGAAAUAAGAUAAAAUAAUAAUGCUAUGGAAGGCAUAUGUGUAUGUGCAAAUGUUUUAGUAUGGCGUGUAUAAGGAUAUAACAUAACCAUGUAAUAACUUGUUAUAUAUACUUAUAUAUAGAGAGAUAUAGAUAUAUAAAUGUUAUAUUUUCUAUGUAUAAAAAAAUACGAAAGUUAUAAUCAAAUAGACUAAAAAACAUAAAAAGAGUUAAGUAUUUUGUGAGACGGUAUACGAAAGUAUAACAGAUUAUACGGCAUUCAUUCUGGAGACCGAAAUAUUACGAACAAUUAACAUGAUCGGGCUGGAGGACGAGGGCGUGCGUUGAACGGAAUAAAUUACAAGUUGGAUGUUCAAUUCAGGUGACAUAGACGGAUAAGAUUGAAAGGAAUAUUUUCAUUGAAAUGUCCUCGUGUUAUUGAUCGCAAGGCCUUGAAUAGCAGGGUUUUAAAGCAAGAUUCACUUAAUACCGACCAAUUCCCCAAUUUAACAUCCCUCGAGACGGACUUUUGUAAUUUGCGGGACGUUUUAACCCGAUAGUUGAAUCAGCUGCCAGGGAAAAUCAAUUCAUUCCGCCGACGAAAACGAAUACAUAUAUAGAUCUUCUAAUGCGUAGUUUCAAAUUAGCCAAGGUGCCUAGGACUAUCGGAACGCAGAUUUAAUUUAGAGGUCUUAUCUGGCAGUUUAAGGUUAAAUGUGGAGCAAUAAGGGGAAUUAUGUCCUGACGAAUGCGUUGAAACCAAUUUAUAAAUGCCGUAGAGCAAUGAAAAUGUCAAUCUACAAGUUGUAACCUUCAUGUAGCGGAGCAGGUCAGUCGUAAAAUGCAUCGAUGGCUCUUUAGCCUUGAUAUAUUUUCCCACUUUAACAAAAUAAAACUGUUCAACAGCUUUGCAGUGAAUUAGUCUCCACUAUGUUGAUAAAGGGUGGAAAUCACCUACAUAAGAUUACAGAAUAUUGAUUCAGUCGGACAGUUUGAAGAACAGCAGGGUAUAGGAGGAAGGACACUGCAUCGUAAGAACUGCCUGUGGACACGACGGGGCGUACACAAGUAACAGGUCAUUCAACGGGGGUGGCCGGAAGUGCUGCUGGUUUGGAUAUUAUUUUCGUAUGAGUCGAAGCUGGUGGGUGGCAACACAUUCGUCGGGAUACGGCAUGGGACAAUGCUGCAGCUCAAAAAGACAACAAGUGUCGCAAAUGGCGGGCAACGAGGUCCGCGACCUCUCGAUGAAGACAGGUCUCAAUAUCGACGAAUUGAAAAGUUAUUACGGCGAGUUUAUCAAGGAUUACCCCUGUGGCCACGUGACUAAGAAGCAAUUUCGAAAAAUCUAUCGGAAUUUUUCCUCUGACGACGCGAAAGAGAGGGAAAAGGUUGAACAAGUUUUCAAAACUUUUGACCAAAAUAAUGACGGAACGAUUGAUUUCCGGGAAUUUAUGAUCGCCCUUAGUUGUUUGUCAAAGGGAACCCUCGAACAAAAACUUUCGCUCGCAUUUUACUUGUACGAUGAAAAUGGAGAUGGUGUUCUUUCAUUUGAAGAGGUUUUAGACAUUGUGAAGGCAAUGUAUUCAAUGGCCAAAGACCAAAGCGCGACAGCCAACCUCCCGCCAGCAGAAGUUUUCGCAAAGGGACUUUUCGCCGAAUUGGACAAAGAUAAAGACGGCAUUGUGACGUUAGAAGAGUUUAUGGAAGUUGGUUGCCAAGACGUCAUAGUAGCAAAUCUACUGCUAGCGAAUGUAGCUGUUGACGGAAUUGAAGAUGACUAUUUCGAAUGACGUCAGCAACUUAACUGGAGAAAAUACUUUUGCUCGGUGGGCGACGAAUCUGGUCACUGGUACCCAACGGAACAAUAACUAUAAGCUUAACUGUGAUAAUGAUAGCCGAGACGCCAUUUCAACGGAAGUUUCAGUCUUUACGUUUACAACAUAUAGUAGGGUAGGGAAAGAUGGGACAUAUUUAGCACAUAACACCUAACUAUCCAGAUCGUGUUUUGAACAAUUAAUAACGGUGUAUGUGAGUCGGGGUGGUGCGAUUUUAUAAUUCUUCAAAUGCUUUUUGUUUA